AUGUCUUCCAACAUUACCCUCUACUCUUGGCCCACGCCUAAUGGCAUCAAAGCAUCUAUUACACUUGAGGAGCUCGGUCUACCAUACAAGAUUGAGGGUAUUGAUAUCAGCACCAAUCGACAGAAAGAGGAGUGGUUCUUGAAGAUCAACCCAAACGGCCGCAUCCCUGCGAUUCUAGAUGGCUCGCAGCGUGUUUUCGAGAGCGGGGCGGUGAUGCAAUAUCUUGUUGACAAGUACGAUACCGACCGAAAGAUCAGCUAUGCCCCCGGUACGCCGGAGCAUGUUGAACAAACAUCUUGGUUGAUGUUCCAAAUGGGAGGACUUGGUCCAAUGCAGGGCCAAGCAAAUCACUUCCGUCUGUUCGGUGGUGUGCGUUCGGAUUACGGGAUUAAGAGAUAUCUUGACGAGACUAAACGACUUUUUGCGGUCCUCGAAUCCCGCUUGAAUGAGAGUCCCUUUCUAGCGGGCUCGAAAUAUACCAUUGCCGACAUCGCCAAUUUCACUUGGGUUCGUGCUGCACCCGUUACUCUGGAAAUUGACCUGUCUGAGUUCCCCGCACUGAAGCAAUGGGUUGAAAAAAUCGAUCAACGCACUGCAGUCCAGAAGGGUGUCGAUGUCCCACAGACAAACAAGACUGAAGAGCAAAGAGCCGAGAUGUUCCAAAACCUUCGUGCUAAGGUUGAUGGUAUGACCAAUACGGACAAGCAUUAG